AUAUGGCAAUGGCUGCUGCUCUUUCAUCUCAUUCAUCUUCAUCUUCAUUUCAUUUCAUCUUCAGCUCUUUUCUUUUCUCAUCCACAACUUGGAGAGGCCUAGCUGGACCCGAAAUAUCCAAACAACUCCUAAAUCUCAGCGGAUAUGCGGCGGCGCGUCCUGGUGGUCGUGGUUGGGGUCACAGUCACCGGAAUCUCCGCAUCGAUAUCAUCUAAGCCAAGGAGGAGCUACGCACCAGGCCCGAUGAGCUAGUCAACUCCUUCUUUCCAUGGUUACACAAACAGAUAGAGGAGUUUUGCUGACAAGGGAUGAACACAACAAGGUAGCUGAAGUGGCCCAAGAAUUGGGAAGAUUUUGUGUUGAUGAGCCUGUAAAAUGCCCUCUUAUAUUUGGAGAGUGGGAUGUGGUGUAUUGUUCUGUGCCUACAUCACCUGGAGGUGGAUACAGGAGUGCAUUCGGCCGUCUUGUUUUCAAAACAAAAGAAAUGAUUCAGUUUGUUGAAGCUCCUGACACUGUGAGGAACAGAGUAUCCUUUUCUGUCUUCGGGUUCCUUGAUGGAGAGGUCUCUUUGGAAGGAAAAUUGAAGGCUCUGGAUGAGAAGUGGAUUCAGGUAGUAUUCGAGCCACCACAACUUAAGGUUGGAGCGUUAGAGUUCCAGUAUGGUGGUCAGAGUGAGGUUAAGUUGGAAAUUACAUACAUUGAUGACAAGAUUAGAUUGGGUAAAGGCUCCAGAGGUUCUCUGUUUGUUUUCCAAAGACUCUGAUGUGCUAUCUAUAUCAAAGGUUUAUUGUAAUUACUUCUACUUGUUUUUGUAUUUACUUUCCAGUGUCAUGUGUUGUUUCGCACUGCAACUGACAGAUAUUUUUUUUGCCAAUUGGAACUUACUCCUUGUCCUUUGGAUGGUUCAUAGCCAAAAUUAGUAUUUUAUUUUAAAUUA